AUGUCUAAUGGGAUUUGUACAAAGGAAGCUGAUAUUGUCCGAUGUCCAAGGUUUAUAAGAAAAAGCAAAACAUAUGACUGUGUUAUGAGCGAUGACAAGCCAGAGAAAGUAACUGGUCAAAUUACACAAGGUCGGAUACCAAACAGUGUCAGUUCCCCAGGCCUUGUGGAAGAUCAGGGUGGAAAGCGAAAUGACAUAGAAGCCAACAAAGUACCAUGUAAGCAAAACAUAAUAGACUAUAGAAAUUUUGUGCCUCAGAUGCCUUUUGUACCAUCAGUUGCAAAAUCACUGCCAAGGAAAAGAAUUUCUCUUAGAAAGUCCAAAAAAAGUUUAAAAAACAUAUUUAAUUUAAAAAAGAAUAAGCAGCAAGAUGUCAUAUCAGAAGAUGAGAGCCAGCCAAUGAUGUUUAAAAUAAAAGAAACUAAAGCAGGUGAAAGACAGUAUCAACUAAGUAUUGGUGAGAUGCCUUCUGAUGAGUUCCUUCUUCAUGAUUGCUCGGACCGUGACAUGUACAUUGAGGCAGCUGAUUCAUUCAAAACACUGUGUGAGGAUGUGGCUUCUCUAAAAAGUUUUGACUCUCUUACCGGAUGUGGGGAAAUAUUUGCAGAUGAAAGUGCCUCUUUUAUUGACAUAGAAAACAGCCGAGUCACAUUUAUAUCAAAGCCAAGUUCCAUAGCUGCUAGUUUUCAAGGAGGAGUGGAACGACUUGCCUCUCCAGCCAAAUCUGAGUCUAUUGACUUCUCUAGGCUACGUGGUCACAUGGAUUCAUCUGCAAAAAGUGUAUGUUCAAAUGUACUUUCUGAAACCAAUAGGCCACUAGUUUGUCAAGGCCUAAGUAAAGUAGAAAUUAAUGGCAGCUUAUCAAUAGAUCAAGUCUCCAUCUUAUCCUACAGUGAUCUAAUGUCUUCUAAUGAGAAUAUUCAUGACGCUGACUCCCCAAUGUCCACAAGUGAUGAGGGGUAUUAUGACUCAUAUUCUCCAACACUGGAAGAAGGCAAAAAUGAGGUUGGCAAUGUUAGACCAUUUCCAAGGGAUAGCUAUAGUGGAGAUGCCCUUUAUGAGUUAUUUUCUGACUCAUGUGAAAAGAAGCUCUGGCCUGUUCAGGACUGUGACUUGUCUGCUCCUGGUCAUAAUAAUGACAAUCCUACAUCCAUAUAUAGUUUUUGUGUGGGAUCUGAUGAAAAUAUGGCCUCUGAACCUGCACUAGAACUUGUUGCAGAAGACAAUCUUGAGAGUACAUGGAAAGGAAGAGAAUGUUUAUUAAAACUAUGUGAUACAGAGCUGUCUUUAACUAUUGGAAUGGUUAACUGGUUAAGAAAGACAGAAAAAAUACCAAAAAAUGAUCAAAAUGUCACUUGUAGCUCAGAGGAGCCACCAGGCACAAGGAAUGAGAAUGACAGUAAAGUUGAAGAAAUCACAGCAAUGUCUGGAGAUAGCAAGGGAGAGUCCUUUUCAGAUUCUCUGGGCUCACAAUAUAGAAGCUUGACCCAUUUUAAAAAACCUGUUCCAAAGCCCAUCCUAGUCAUGACCGCCCACAAAUAUUCCCACUCAACACUGUCAAAAGCUUUGGCAGCAUCAAGUUUAAGAACAAGCGCCUAA